CUUUUCCCCAGACCUGGCUCUGGAUUCACCCGGCACUGACCACUUUGUCAUCAUUGCCCAACUGAAGGAAGAGGUAGCCACUCUGAAGAAGAUGCUGCAUCAGAAGGAUCAAAUGAUCUUAGAGAAAGAGAAGAAGAUUACAGAGCUGAAGGCUGAUUUUCAGUAUCAGGAAUCUCAGACUCGGGCCAAAAUGAAUCAAAUGGAGAAAACCCACAAGGAAGUCACAGAGCAAUUGCAGGCCAAAAACCGAGAGCUUCUGAAACAGGCAGCUGCUUUGUCCAAGAGCAAGAAGUCUGAGAAGUCGGGCACCAUAACAUCUCCGUGAAGACCCUGAGAAGGCUCCCAGCAACAACAGCCGGUGCUCCUGGGUCAGGGUUGGCAACCUGGCUGUUCUCUGGGAUUGUGCUUUCUUACAAAAAUCUCUAUUUUCUUACCGUUACUCUUCUUUGUGAGUGUAGUGGGUGGAAUGGAAACACCUGGUCUGUGCCAUGUUAUGACUGCAUGCUGAGCGCUUGGGGUCUCAGACCUGCUCCUCCUCCUCUGCUCCCCUGUGCUCCCUCUCUCUACUUUGGUACUCGGUGUUUUCCAUCGUGGUCACUGCUUAGUGUCAUGUGCAGAGUUUCUGUCCGCCAUCUCAUCUGUCAUCCACAGUGCAUCACACCACCGUCACUGCCACCCUCUGGACCUUGAAAACUGCCACCUGAGACUUUGUGCAGUGAGAGAGCCUUUCUCUCACCAAUAAAUCUUUUGCUUCAGGGUAUACUCUUGGGUUUUUUCCAGGUAUAUUAUGUAUGACCUUUGUACUAUGUAUAGACAGAGUUUUAUUUAUUUUUUAAAAAGGAAACCUUUUCUUGAUAAAGGAAUGAUGGUAACCUAGCUAGUUCUUGUAAAAGCAAUGCCUCUUUGAAAAAAAAAGAAAAAAAAUGCUGUCCUGUUUGCUAGCUUUUAGUAAGAGAAUCCUAUCUUUUCUUUCUCAUUACCUUAGAGUCUUGAUGCUAAGGUAAAUGCUGGAGGCGUAAGUGUGGAGCUAAGUGCCUUUGGAGGACUCUGGAAGAGCAUUGAGGAGAUGCUUAAGGGUGCAGAGAAUUGACCAGUCUGUCUUUAAGUAAGGGCAGAAAGAAUGGUUGUCCAGGUUGUACUGGACACUUCCCCCUCUAUCUACCCCUCCUUCUUUUAUGUAAUUUUAUAUUCCCACACUGCCUCUUCUUUUUUAAAAACAUACCUGUUUCUUGCUUGUGUCAGCUGUCAUAUCAGGCUAUUAACAGAACACAUUUUUUUUAACAGCAGAUUCAGGUGGGAUAAGAUUUGAACUACUUGUAUGUUUCCAGGGCUUGGCAUGGGCCUCCCUGAGUGUGCCCUUCUCAUUUUGACCCUGUAGGCAGGUGGGAAGGGAUAGGUUCAUGUGGAGCCUCACUCUUAGAUUUUUGUGGAAAAAACUAGAGAUGGUAGUAUGUGUCAUGACACAGAACCAACCCUGGAAUCAGUGCAGGUGGCGCCAGAAUUAGAGCCGAUCAUGAAGACAGGUGACAUUUGUACCACAUCCACCAGUGUUGGAUAGUUGAGGUCACUGUUCCCAGCAGGUGCUCUCUAGUUUGUAAUUGUAUUGUCAGAAGAGACUCAUGCACACAGAUAGGCAGAUACGGAUGUGAGGGCUCUUUCCGACAGGAGACUGGAAGGGCCAUGUAUUUAUGUCACCGUGGUAGGGAAUGCAGUUUUCCCUUCUAAGAGGGAAAACUGCUGUGCUGAAACAUUUUGUAACUUUUUGAAUGAGAAACUUUGAGGUAAAGAUAACUAUCAGUCAUAGCCUGUUUUUCGGAAGCAUUUGCGUUGGCUGUGGGGGAAAAGAUGGUAGAAAAAGAAUGACAGUCAUGGUUUCUUAAAAUGUAAGACUGAGAAAUUGUGGAUGUCAAGUGUGACAGUGUACAGAUGUUCAUUUAGUUUUAUACUAAAUCUUUUUUUAAGGUCUUAGCAUUUAAUAUUCCGCAAACCUACACAUUUUCUAAACUACCAUGAGCUCCUGAACGGUAAAGAGUAAACCUCAGUCUUGAAGUGUUUUUGUUUGUUUGUUUGUUUGUUUUUUAAUCAUGACAGCAUUUUACCAUGAAAUUGAGUAACUUUUGGUAACACCUUCCGUUUCUUUGUAUGUUUGUAAUAAUGGACAUUUUAAAACAGGAAUGUUUUGGUUUGUACAGACUUUGAAAAAUGUGUGUUAAUAAAAUUCAUAUUGACUCAGAUAA